CCUUCUGCUCCCUCCGUUUUGCUUCACUUACCGAACCGAAAUCACCCCCCAAAACGGAACAAACAAGCGCAAAAGGAAUUCAAUCACCCAGCCAACCGCCCAACACCAUCGGGAUCAGUGCCAGUGGAUCGGGACCAAUCAAACCAAACGAAAUGGGGGGAAAAUCAUACCUGCUAGAGCUGUGUCUGUGUGACUUUGUGAUCUUGUGGAACCGAAUUUUCCUGGGGGGACUAACAGGACACAACUACGGAUUAUUUGUCCGCAUUGAGGGGAAGGGAAUAAUUAUGUACAGCCCCGCUGGGUCGUUGUUAUUGUUGUUUUUUGUUUUUUUUUUGGAGAUGGUAGUGAUGGGGACCACACGGUAAAAGGGGCAAGGUAAUAAAAUGUUUCACAUUAUGACACGCAGUACCGUUUCUUACCGGGUUUCAGGCCACCAGUACCGCCAGUGAUUGUGUGUGUGUGUGGAGGUGCGUUUGACUAAUGAAACAUAAAUUUCCCUACCCAAGCGACAACAACCAUUCCAACGAGGCGGUACAGUCCAGUCCAAACCGUGCUUAACUUGGUCGCAGUGCUCCCGUGAAAGCUUUUUCCCCGGUGUGUCAUUGAGUGAAUUUUUGCCACGGCUCGCAAUAAAAUGAUCAACGAAUGGCAGCCGGGUGGAAUGUGUGUGUGUGAUGUGUUGUAGUACGGUUCGCGAAUCCACCCCUGCGAAAGUCCGCGGUGGACAGUGAAUGAGGUGCGCGUAAAGGUGUACAGCUCGUCGCACGCUCGACUGCUUCACCCCCCAAAAAAGGCUGCCACCAGUUAAUCCGGUGUCGAUAAUCACAACUUCAGCCGGACAAGUGGUUCAUUACAAGAACGCCGACAGCGCGUCAACACGGAUAAAGGGGGAAGUGAAACACGAAAGAAAGAAAACAAGCAAAGAACGCUCACACGGGCCGGCCUCGUAUUGGCCUCACACAAAACAGGCCAAAGUUUUCGUGCUCCGGUGCUGAGAACGGAUGGAAAAGUUUUCCCGUUAAGCUAUACAGAACGAAGGCUACCAAGGAGAGAGUGUGGUGUGAGAGAUAAACAAAAAAAACAGACUCCAAGGCCAUCCGCGGGUCCUCAGCAGCAAGGAAAGUGGAAGCACAACAGUGUGUGGGCAAGAAGGGGCAGCUGAGCAGCUUUCACAGUUCCCCACCGCAGCGUCAUCAUGGACGGAAGGAACCGACGGCGUCAAUUUGGCGGCCCCUGCCACUGUCUCCGGCCACUGAUACGGCUCUGGGGCGUCGUGACAGCGAUUGUGGUCAGUGGCGUCGGGAUAGACAUAAUGGUUCAUGGUUACACUGCAGGUGUUUAUAUAAUAGUUGCCUCCGUAGUUAUAUUCUUACUGGAAAUCAAAUGGCUCUUCACACUGUUCAUAGUGCUCUGUACAAACAAUGACUACUCGUCCGGAUGCUACCGGUGCUGGAGCGUCUGCCGGUACUGUGGCGGUUGGCAUCUGACCUUUCCGUACGUGGCCUUAGGUAUCGCGCUCAUCGUGUGGCCCCAUCGGCUCUGGCUGAGCCACGUGGCAGGUGGGCUGCUGAUAGGGCUGGCCAUGCUGCGGUUGCUCACUGUGUGCAAGUUUCGACCGCACGGCAAAGACGACGAGCUGCUGAACCAUUGCGAUGAGCACGCUGACAAGUACGACAACCUAUCAGAUGUGCUGGUGGACAAUUCAAUGCCCGAGCCGGGCCACAGCUUGGAGGGCACUAACGGCAGCAGUCAGGGCGCACACGAUGACGGCGACGACGACGACGAUGACGAUGUGGCAAUCAAUGGGGACGGCGGCAUGUGACCGGACGGGCCGGUGCGCCCCAAAUCGAAAAGCACCAUCCGGAAGUGCAUGAAUCAAAACUACGAAAAGCUGGACAACGACGAGUGUUGCGACUGCGACGUAAUCAAAUAGGACACAACGGCACUGUAACUGCUGGGAGGGGCGCCGCUUACCCUCCCACAUGUUUGUAAAUAAAGUUAGCCUAACUGCUUGGGUUUCGCGAAUCAGUUUGAGCGUUUCUCCUGCUCUUUCCUUUGUGUGGAAGGUUCGGGGAAAGGAGGAUGGAGGGCGGAGCAGCCGUACGGAAUUUAGCCGCUCGAAUUAAACUUGUAUUUAUAACAUAGCGUUUAGAAAAUUCGGGUUUCGGAGCAGACAUGAUUCAAAUAAACAUUUAAACUAU